UAAUGUCCUCGAUACUCGUCCAGUACAGGCGGUGGCAGUAAUGCGCGAUAUCCGCCUGGCGGAGAGUUUGUCAACACUGCGGGGCGGAGGUUCUCUGGGGCCGUUCUACUGGAAGCGGAGCUGCAUAACGACACAUUUAUUUGACCGCCGUCGGUCAAAACAGAUGAUUUCACAUGACCGUCGUAUGAAAGCUGGUUACUGGGAUCAAAAAUGGGAGCGGGCUCGCCCCUGUCGGGGGUGAAUGUGGUGCUCGUCAUGGCCUACGGUAGUCUGGUUUUUGUACUGCUGUUCAUAUUCGUGAAGAGGCAGAUCAUGCGCUUUGCCAUGAAAUCCCGCCGAGGACCCCACGUCCCACUGGGUCAUAACGCUCCGAAGGGUCUUAGAGAGAAGAUUGAUUCUCAUCUGUCUAAAGUGAACGACAUCCGCUACGAGCCACGGCUGCUCUCGGAGGAAGACGACAGGCUGAGGCAUCGCAGCCAGAAUGGCUGUUAUAACUACCUGUUCCGAAUGCAAGCUCUGGAUGCCAUUAGAGACACGGACAUCUCGGCUCAUGAUCUGGGCUGCACUGGCAGCGCUCUGACCAGCCGCCACUAUAGGAAAUGGCUACUGGGCCUGCGGAACUCCCACUCGCUGUUCAAGAGCAGCCACAGCAGCCUCAUCGAUCGCCUCCUGGAGGGCUAUGACAACGCUCGCCACGGGACUGGGGUUUUUGGGGAAGCUGAAUUCCUUAAAUACAAAGAAGACCUGACCGAGCUGGCUGCUCUUAUAAAGGUCCACUCCAGCUCCAGCAGCCUGAACCAGCAGCACCAGUCAGCAGCUAAAGAUCUGACCAGCUCCCCUGGGCCGUCAUCAGCCUCCACCAUCCAGGUCACGUACCUGCCCUCUUCUGGCCAGCGCAGCAAGAGGCCCAAGCAUUUCCUGGAGCUCAAAAACUUCAAGGACAACUACAACACCCUGGAGAGCACGCUGUAGAAGUCUGAGACUUGUCUGAUCAAACAGUGGAGCCAAACAUGAACACACAGACUGAAAAAGGACAAAGGUUUCAGGGAGAAAUGGCUUGAGGGUGUCCGUUUGCUGCAGUGUGGAACGGCACUAAGUGGUAUGAUGCAGAGCGAGAAGCAUCUGGAGACUGUUCAGUGGUGUCGACUGCCUGGACUGUUCCAAAGCAUCUAUAAAUGACUGUAUAAAGAUGAUGAGCAUCUAAAAUCUCUGCUUUGGGAGACAAUAUAAAAGUGAGCCUGUUUUCUUGUGUUAACGUGCUGCUAGAUUUUUUUCCUUUGGUUAAAAUGCUGUUCAUCUACCAGUGUUGCAUAUUUGGGAAGUCACUGCCAACCUGCUCAGCAUUCCUCCAUCAGUGGCGUCUGGGAGAAGAUGUAAAAACAUUGUAAGACUUGUCCAAGAGAGAGAACUGUGAAAUCUAACACAUGGUAAAUAACUGGAAGCAUCGAAAUAAGAAAAAGAAAAAUCCUAAGAUCACAAUAGUUUUAAUGCUUAGUAACUUUCCUCAAAGUGAGAGUUCUAGUGCCCCCUACUGGAUGACUGUACAUAAUGUGAGAUCUUUUAUGUUCGCUUUUACUUAUGAUGGUCUUAGUGAUGGUCUUGUUACUGAGAUGGCACUACUGUUUAUUUAUGGGCUGUGCAUAUGUGACUGACCGUCAUAAAUCUCUUCAACCCCCGAAAA